AUGCCGGCGUCCGUCGAGGGCAGCAAGAAGGCGCUGAUCAUGGUGGAGGGCGGUCCUGGCAGGUCGUCGGUUAGCUUGGAACUGUUCAUGGACAAAUUGCACCGCGAGCUGUCUGGUGAGUUUCACAUCUUCACCGUGGAUCAUCGAGGCACGGGGCGCAGCGGGCGCUUGGACUGCCCGGCGGCCCAAGCGCUGAGCUUAGGCAGCCACUACAUCUACGACAUCUCAUCACAAGAAGUCUCAAACUGUUUGAAGGACAUCCAUCACCAAUUCGGCACCAAUGCCGCGGCCGCGUACUCCAUCACGAACGCAGCGAAGGACUUGGCCAUGCUGGUUGAGACCGAAAUGGCUGACUACGACGUGUAUCUGUACGGGAUGAGCUACGGCACGUUGGUAGUGGAACGCCUGAUGCACUUCUCGCCGCCCCAAGUCAAGGGCUACAUCCUCGACAGCAUCUGUGCCGACCACUACGAACCUCAAGGGACCGGAAACAACCAAGUGUAUAGCAACUGGGACGACGACGUCAAGCACGUGAGUCAGCACUUCCUGGACCUUUGCCAAAAGGAUACGGCCGUGUGCGGCAAACUCCUAGGCGAAAACGCCACCACCACCUUAUUCAACCUGUACGACACGCUGGAUGCGAACGCAUCGGCAUGCUCGGCUAUCUUUUACGACACGCUCGAGAACAAGCCAUCCGUGUUUCUCCGCCUGUUCUUUUUCAAGCUUCUCGGCCGCUACGACCGUCGCAAGUUCAUCCCGACGUUUGCCGCCCGCCUAGAGCGCUGUAAUGCCCAAGACAAGGACGUGAUGACCGCGAUUCUAACCAAAAAUGAUCCAAGAGAGAAUUCUGUGGUCUUGCAAUCUAACCUCCUCCAAGACACCAUCGUGUACUCCGAGUUGUGGCAAGUGCCCACGCCGUCAAUGGAGGACAUCAAGCAGCAGUUCCUCGCGUCGCCUAUGGCCGUGAACGACCCGGACAAAGUCGGGAGCUACUGCGUCUUCACGGGCUCCAACUCGUCCGAGUGCGCGCCGUGGGUCGAUAUGAACGUCCCCCCCUGGACAUAUACCCCGGACAAGUACUUCAACAAAACCGCGGCCAUUCCCAUCGGGGUGUCUGUGCUCGGUCUCACGGGCAACUUGGACCCCCUGACCCCGUCAAAGCAUGCCCGACGACACUUUAACAACAUGAAAGGCGACAACAAGAAACUGGUUGAGUUCCCCGUGGCAGUGCAUGGCGUCAUUGGGAACACCCCUCUGUCGGACAACCACACUGAUCCCCACUGCGGCUUGCUUGUGGUCGCCGAUUUCCUUCUCGCCAACGGCGCGCUGGACGCGAUAAACUUGAACUGCAUGGACAAGGUGCAGCCUCUCAAUUUCGACAUCCCGGACGCCUUGGCCCUCGAACUGUUUGGUCUGGACGGCGGCGCCAUGGACGGCAAACUGCACACCCCCGCGCAAGGUGCCAAGGACUACAACUUUACAGUCGUCGGCCUCGGGCUCAAUGCGCUCCUGAAACAUAGUAAAGCCAAAGCGACGCGAGGCAAGUACGCCGUCUACGAAGACGCGUGCACGGGCAACGCUUCUUGA